AAAGAAGGUGGAGAUGAAGAGCAGGAGGUUGGGUUCACCAUCGAUAUCAAAAGCUUUCUCAAACCUGGCGAGAAGAGCUACACGCAGCGCUGCCGGCUGUUCGUGGGGAAUCUGCCUACUGAUAUCACCGAGGAAGAUUUCAAGCGCCUCUUCGAGCGCUACGGGGAGCCUAGCGAGGUCUUCAUCAAUCGGGACCGUGGCUUUGGCUUCAUUCGCCUGGAAUCUAGGACACUGGCUGAAAUAGCAAAGGCAGAACUUGAUGGUACUAUUUUGAAGAGCAGACCACUUCGAAUUCGAUUUGCUACACAUGGAGCUGCCCUCACAGUCAAGAAUCUUUCACCUGUGGUUUCUAAUGAGCUGCUGGAACAAGCAUUCUCUCAAUUUGGGCCAGUGGAAAGAGCUGUUGUUGUAGUAGAUGAUCGUGGCAGAGCUACAGGAAAAGGUUUCGUAGAGUUUGCAGCAAAACCUCCAGCACGGAAAGCUCUAGAAAGAUGCAGUGAUGGGGCAUUCUUGCUAACAACAACACCUCGACCUGUUGUUGUAGAACCAAUGGAGCAAUUUGAUGAUGAAGAUGGGCUCCCAGAGAAGCUAAUGCAAAAAACACAACAGUAUCACAAGUAAGUACCUCCACGUUUUGCUCAGCCUGGAACAUUUGAGUUUGAGUAUGCUUCACGGUGGAAGGCUCUUGAUGAGAUGGAAAAGCAACAGCGUGAACAGGUUGACAGGAACAUUAGAGAAGCCAAAGAGAAACUAGAGGCAGAAAUGGAAGCAGCUAGACAUGAGCAUCAGCUAAUGCUGAUGAGGCAAGAAUGUAUCCAGCUGUUGCAUGUACUUGGCAGCAAGAUUGAGUCAGAAGUAAUUUGUAAAGCAGAAUACGUGUUUCCACGUCCCGAACCUGUAGAUCUGUAUUUUCGUCUGGCUCGUAAGGCUUUGUGCCAAGAUUCUGCCAUUGUCAAAUG